AUGUCCCUGUGUCUCCUCCCUGCUCUCGCCCCUCCCACCUCCCCCAUGGUCCUCCUCCUCUCUUUUCCUUACUCCUUCAAUCUCAUCAUGUCUCUCUGUGCGGUUGGACUCCUCUGUCUCCUGUCUCUUCUCUCUGGAGGUGAGGGGAGGAGUCCAGAUCUUGAAUACAACCAGGAGGACAACCAGGAGGACAACCAGGAGGACAACCACACCAUCUACUACAGCUUCUACAGUAAUGCGUCGGAUCUGGAGUUGGAUGAGUUCCUAGAUUCUCGUAGUGAAAGCGAAAUGCCUUCGCCAACAUUUACUAUAGCUACCAGAGCCGGGGCCGGAGCCAGAGCAGCCGCGUCACUUCCUCUCUGCUUGGUCUGCUCUGUGCUGUGGUGUCUCGCUGGGGUUUUACUGAACUCAGCAUCUGCACCAGGACUUUGA